AGUAAACAGAAAUAAAAUAAAAAGGAGUCUUAGUCUUUGCUAAUCAAAAUUCAGCUCAUUUGAAAUUAUGCAAAAAUCCUCAUUUCUCGAUAUAUACAUAUAUUUAUAUACUCUACAAUUAGCAAUUACAUGUGAACAGGAACCCUCUGUUAACCUAAAGGAUGAAUGACCCUGAAAUUUUUUGCCCGCAUUAAAGAUGAAAAGUAAAUCAUGACCAUCGUGCAUCAACGGUAAAAGUCAGGACGCUUUAAAUUAAUACCAUACUCGUUCAAUGCCGAACUCAAAUCAUCAACGGUUAAGACAGCUUUGCCACGGUCACCUCUUCGAGUUGGACCACCGGCGGAGGCACCUGCUGCACCAUAGUUUGGUACAUUAAAUCCCGUAGAAGAUGUAGAGCUACUGCCAGUACGAAUUUUAGAAUACUGAUAAGCAUCCUGUGCAAUAUCAGAAAUGAACUUUUGAGCAGCUAAACCCAAAAGCUUUUUUAGACGGGAAUCAGCACAUCGAAAACCUGAAAGACUCAAGUAAUAGUCAAGUAAAACAUCAGGAAUUAUUGGAGAGUAGUCGUCCAUUUCAUUCAUAAAUUCUUGUAGUGUUUUAUUUUUUGCCAUGUCUCUUAAUUCCAAAUAAGGCUCGAUUACAUAGUUGGAUCCAUUUGCACGUCGAGGAACUUCGUCUUUUCCCUCGUCUUCCUUAGAAGUAGAAGCAUCUCCGAAAUUUUCUUUUGAUUCUGAAUGUUCUCUGUCGUCUGGGCGUUGUUCAAUAGUGCUCGAUUCCUGUAGAUCGUCAAUGCUCAUAGCAUCGUUUUCUUCGUCGGAUUCCAACUUAGUAGUGAGGUUAUCACUUGUUUCAUCUCUUGGUUCAUUAUCACUCAUUGUAAAUGUUUUAAAUUUUUGCAAGCUUAAAGGCGUUCCCCAAGAUUAAAGCAAAUAAAGGCGAUAAGACGAUAUCCUCUAUUAAAAGUGAAGAUUCCCCGAAUUUUUCUUGUAGUAUAGAAAUUUGAACAAAACUUUUCCUCUAUAUAGUCUCCGUAACUAUUAUAAAAUGCCAAAAUUCCUAAAGUUAAAAUGGAACGAUGUUGGAAGAAGCUGACGGUACGUCGUAACCAAUUCAUAUAUAGGAGGUCAUUACCAUUCCCAUUAAUUCGAAGAGCUAAUUAAGAAAAAAGUUUAUUACGGUUCUAAUAAUAAUUUUCUCCCCCUCGGUAUUGAAAUUGGUUUGCUCCAAGACUUUCACUGUUUAUUCACUACUCUUUGAAAUAUUGGUUCACCAUAAGCUCAACACAAAGAGCCAUCAUCUUUCCCAUACUAAUUGGAAAUAAAAGAAAAAAUAAAAAAGGAUAGUUUUGGAAGCAUUUUGUUAUUUCACAUUUUGCAUGCCAUAUUGACGAAACUAGUUUUUGUUCAUUGUAUAUCUAGAUUAAGAUGCAAUGAAUGUAUUCUCUCUGAAGCUUGAUUCCUGAAGUUGACAUACACAUACCUGAAAGUUAAUAAUAUAACUUGGUCCUUGAAAAUUGCUAAGAAAACAUGGGACCCAAGACGCGACGUAGAAAUACUAGCCCUGAUGAAUACAUUGCAGAAGAUGAGGAUGAGAAUAUGGAAGAGUUUAUUCUAGACGAUUUUCUUUCCGAUGAAGAAUCUACAUCGAGAAGAUCUCUAAGAAAUGGUAGAAAGACCAAAGCUCCCACAGGAACAAGAAAGAAAGCGAGUAUAGAAGACAACACGGCUUCUCCAAGUGAAACCCAUGAAAAAAGGCCCGUCAGUUCUACACGAGGGCGUUUAUCUAGGUUAAAUGGUGCUUCUGAACAGUCCCCACGAAAGGUCUAUUCUAAAGGUCAAGAAGAAAAGAUAAUGUAUACAUAUGGUACGGAUGAAUCAACGUUUCAACAAGGUAAAAGUUUAGUAAAUACUUGGAAACAGUAUGAAACAGCCCCCGGUGCAACGUGUUUUGAAAAGGGUCCAAUGUUUGCGGAAAUCGAUUCUGACGGGUUUCAACAGUCUUCCAAAAAAAAGCAGAAUUUUAUUGCUUUCGAAAAUCAGUUUGGAGAUUUCUCUAAUAACAAUAUACCUUUACUGAUUGGUAAUCAGGAACCUGUCUAUUAUCUUCAACCGCAUCAGAUUUUUGACGAUGAGUCAAGGCACUCUUUGAGAAAAGGAUAUUUGGUUAAUACUGGAAUUCAUGUGAGUUCUUUGUCUUGGUUACCUACGACGGAAGAGGCUCAAUAUGUGGCAGUAGGUGGCUUGUUACAAAGUGGUGAAUUAGCUGGAUCUAUUUUCACACCUACUUCUGGAAGAAAUCAGAUUCAAAUUUGGAAGCUUAUAAAGGAAAAGGAGUUGUCUCUAUACUGUACCGUUUGGCAUGACUGGGGAAGCAUUUACCAACUUCAGUGGUGUCCUUGUGUUUUCAAAGAGGACGUACUUGGUUAUUUAGGAAUUGUUACGAGUGAUGGAAUAAUAAGGGUGGUUAAUGUGCCUAGAAAAUUAACUCAUAAAAAUAUUUUUAUCAGCGAAGCAGAGUAUAUGUUACAACUUCCUAAUUGCUUAAUUUCCUGUUUUUCAUGGGUUUUAUCGGGUGCUGAAUUUCCAAAGCAAUUGCUUGUGGGAUGUUCCAAUGGUUAUAUAGCGCUUUGGGAUAUUUUUGACUCCAACAAUGGUCCUCUCUUUUAUAUUCCCAUACAUGAUUCGUACAUUCAUAUGAUUACCCAAUGCUCAAAUGAGUUUCCAACUAUGUUUAUUACAACUGCUUAUGAUUGCUACACGCGUCUCAUAGAUAUAAGGAAUCCUGAGUUUGAGAAUAAGGCCUUAUCACAUAAACGAGAUAUAUGUUACGCCGUUGCUUGGAGUAAUCUAUUGCAGUCUAUAAUAUCUAGUACUGAAUCGCAAUUGGUGAUGAUAGAAUCAAUUCGCGGGCUUACUACUCAAAUUCUAGACGAACGCCAUGGAUCAGUCAUGUGUUUAGGGACAAGCAGACUCCAUCCUUUUGUUGCGAUUGGAUCGUCAGACGGGAUUGUGACAGUCAUUAAUCCUUUCCGGUUGUUAGGAUUUUCACAUAAACAUAGAGCAAAUGUUCACAGGAUUUUUCAGUUAGAAUAUAGUGAGAAAGAAAGCAAGUACAGGUUCUCAAACAACUUUCGUCCUGGAUUGACGAAAUCAAGGAAGCUUGAUAUGUAUAUUUUUCCUUGGCAAAUACAGAUCAAUUGCACAGAAUGGAACCCGAAUUAUAGUCAUGGGGGAUGGUUAGCCAGUGGGAUGGCAUGUGGACUUUUGCGUUUAGAAGAUUUAUCUGCUAUUCAUAGAUCCUGAAAAAAGCCAUUCAUAGGUAAAAAAAUAAAUAACCGUAACGAAUACCAAUUUAUAUUAAGU